UCUGCGGCAGUCGUCACUGUCGUCUGCUGGCCGCAUCGCCAAAUGCGAGCUACUGAUUCUGUUUAUGCUCUAGUAUUUCCUAUGCUUGUUCUUACUUAUGUGGGUGUCAACUAUGGUUGAUGUAAAAACUGAUCAUGUAGUAUAUUGUCAUGCCUUAGGCUGGAAUACAUUGGAAGUGAAUAACAACUGUGGAAAGAAUUUGCGGCAACUGCUGCAGUGUUCAAAGAAGUCAACAUUCGGAGUGGAACGAGAAGCUGAGCAGGAGUGGAGUUCAGUGCCACUAUGACCACCGAGUCGUUUGUGUGGCACUUCUGUGGCUCCCCGCUGUGGGAUGCCAACCUCACCUGGUACACGGACACCCCCCAGUUACCGCGGUGCUUUGAACGGACUGUCUUGGCAUGGAUCCCUUGUGCCUUCCUGUGGGUGUUGGCGCCUCUGGAGACCUAUUACAUCAUCCACAGCCGUGACAAACAUGUGCCUUGGUCUUGGGUGAACCUCUCCAAAUUGGUGGGAUCAUUGGUGCUCUUGUUACUACAGCUGGUAGACUUCUUCCAUGCACUACAUCAAUGGAGGGUUGGGGAACCAAUAUAUGCAGUCCAUUUUGUGACUCCUGCUCUUCUCUUUGUCUCAUUGUUUUUACAGUCUGCAGUGGUACUGGUGGAGAGGAAAAGGGGGUUUCAGAGCUCAGGCUAUCUCUUCCUCUUUUGGCUGCUGUGUGUAGUGUGUUUCUUGCCAGAGUAUGUGUCUCACAUCUCUGCAGGUCCUUACCAGGAGGGUGAAGGAGUUAAUUUUGGUACCUUCAUGGUUUUCUAUCCAGUUACUGUGGGAAUUUUACUGAUCCACUGUUUUGGAGAUGCCCCACCACGCUAUGUUCAUUACCCACGAAGUCAUAAAUACUGCCCAGAAGUAAGUGCGUCCUUCCUCAGCAAAAUAACGUUUUCUUGGAUUAACUCUCUCAUUUGGAAAGGGUACAAGCAACCUUUAGAAAAUGGUGAUCUUUGGGAUAUCUCCUAUGAAAAUGCUUCCAGUACAAUUGUGGACAAAUGGAACAAAAGCUGGAAAAAAAACUCUGCCAAAGCCUACAAAAAAUUUUGGGACAAUUUUGGCAAAGGUCAAUCACACACCUACGCCACCUUUAAUAAUACUGAUCAAGUAGAGUUGUCAGGUCAGGCAGGUAACAAGGAGCAUUAUCUCUCCAUUCUUCCCAUUCUGGUAAAGGUGUUUUCAUCGUCAUUUUGUUUUGGAGCUUUUCUCAAGUUUCUUCACGAUGUUCUACAGUUUCUCAGUCCUCAGAUCCUGAGUGCACUCAUCACUUUUACGGAGAGCACUCAGGAGGAAGCGCCAGCUUGGCAUGGUAUUUUGUAUGCUGUGUUGAUGCUGGUGUGUGCUCAGUGUCAGUCUUUCCUACUGGGGCAGUAUUUUGCCUGGAUGAUGGUAGUUGGUCUUCGGAUGCGCACUGGAAUUAUCUCUGCUGUUUAUGGCAAGGCAAUGAGAAUCUCCAGUUCAGCCAAGAAGGAAUCCACAGUAGGGGAGAUAGUGAAUUUAAUGUCCGUGGAUGCUCAGCGCUUCAUGGACAUCACCACCUACAUUAACAUGCUUUGGUCAGCACCUAUGCAGAUUAUCUUGGCCAUAUAUUUCCUAUGGAACCUCCUUGGGCCUUCUGUUCUUGCUGGAUUAGCUGUGAUGAUAGUGCUUAUCCCUAUCAAUGGAUUCAUUGCCAACCAGACAAAGAAGCUUCAGAUAAAGCAGAUGAAAUUGAAAGAUGAACGUGUAAAGCUCAUGAAUGAAAUCCUAAAUGGCAUAAAGGUGCUGAAACUGUAUGCUUGGGAGCCAUCAUUUGAAUCUCAAGUGACAUCAGUGCGAAACAAGGAGGUCAAGGUACUGAGAGAGGCAGCUUACUUCAAUGCUGGCACCAACUUUAUCUGGAACUGUGCCCCCUUUAUGGUAUCAGUUGCUACCUUUGCUGUGUAUGUUAAUGUGUCUCCGGAUAACAUUCUGGAUGCCAAGACUGCCUUUGUCUCCCUUUCACUUUUCAACCUCCUGCGUUUUCCUUUGGCCAUGCUCCCCAUGCUGAUUACUAGUAUGGUGCAGGUAUGGCAUAGAAAGCACAAGGCACAUGUCUCCUUGAAGAGAAUCAAUAGAUUUAUGAAUGCAGAUGAACUAGACCCAAACAGUGUGCAAGGAGAUCCCACAUAUAAACAUCCAAUUGUGGUAGAGAAUGGGACCUUUGCCUGGGGUCAUGAGGAGGAAGACAGCAAACCAGUACUCAAGGGUUUGAACCUCACAAUACAAACAGGUUCCCUAGUAGCUGUGGUGGGUACUGUUGGUACUGGUAAAUCCUCCCUUUUGUCUGCCAUUCUUGGUGAAAUGGAGAAGCAGAGUGGCAGAGUAAAUGUUAAGGGCAAAGUGGCCUAUGUGGCCCAACAGGCAUGGAUUCAGAACACAACCUUAGAAAAAAACAUCCUUUUUAAUCAGCCCAAAGUGGAUGAUGUGUAUGAGGCAUGCCUACGGUCAUGUGCCCUACAGAGUGACCUUGCUAUCCUCCCAGGUGGUGACCAGACUGAAAUUGGAGAAAAGGGGAUCAAUCUCAGUGGAGGCCAGAAACAGAGAGUUAGUCUUGCACGAGCUAUUUACUCUGAUGCAGACAUCUUCCUGUUAGAUGAUCCCUUGAGUGCUGUGGACUCCCAUGUUGGGAAGCACAUCUUUGACCACGUGAUAGGCCAUAAUGGUAUACUGAAGAACAAGACACGUGUGUUGGUCACCCAUGGGCUAACAUACCUCCCACAGACAGACAGGAUUAUUGUAUUGAAAGAUAAUCAGAUAAGUGAACAAGGCACAUUCAAGGAGCUCUUACAGAAAAAGGGACCAUUCCAAGAAUUUCUUCUUCAGUAUCUUGCUUCAGAUUCAGAGGAGCUUGAUAACCUAGAAGAGCUGGAAGAUAUCAAGCACCAACUGGAGAGCUCCCUUGGGCGAGAUGUGGUGGAGCAGCAGUUGGUGCGUGAGAAGCGAGCAAGUGAGAGUGAAAGCCUUGCAGACUCAGAUUGCAGCAAACAUGCUGUGCAUCGCCAAAGUAGUCAAAGGAUCAGUGAAUCAUCUGUUGGGAAGGAGCCACAGAGCCCACCAUCAAAGAGGAAAGGGGAAAAACUCAUUGAGGCAGAAAAAACUGAGACAGGCAGAGUUCAGACUGAAGUGUAUAAGUACUACAUAAAGUCCAUUGGGAUUCCGAUACUUAUAUGGACCAUGUGCUGCUUCGUAGUGGCACAGAGCUGCAUUGUGGGCUCCAGUGUGUGGCUGUCUAUUUGGUCUGAGGACACCAACAUGGACAGCAGUACCACAGAUAUGUAUCUUGGGGUAUAUGGUGCCCUGGGUAUUGGCCAAGCACUGGGGGGCUUGCUAGGAGAUGCGUAUGCCAUGAAGUGCAUGAUGAAAGCAGCUAAAGUCAUACACAACGAUCUCCUGUUGAAUAUGAUGCGGCUCCCUCUCACCUUUUUUGAUAGAAAUCCUGUUGGCCGCAUCACUAACAGAUUUUCAAAGGACAUGGAUGCAGUUGACUCUGGAUUACCAUAUUAUAUUACCGAUGUAAUCUGGUGUGCAUUGGAGGUUCUGUCAACUUUUACAGUAAUCAUCUAUGCCACCCAUAUCUUUGUCGUGGUAAUGAUUCCUACUAUUAUCAUUUACGUCUUUAUACAGAUUGUGUACGUGUCAACCUCCAGGCAAUUAAAGCGUUUGGAAUCUGUGUCUAGGUCUCCAAUAUACUCUCAUUUCCAAGAAAGCAUUCAAGGAGCUUCUACUAUCCGGGCAUAUGGAAGGCAGGACCAGUUUAUUAAGGCCUCAGAAUUAAAAGUAGACUUAAAUCAGAUUUGCUAUUACCCAAGUGUCAUCUCAAACAGGUGGCUCGCAACACGUCUAGAGUUCAUUGGUAACAUAAUCACAUUCUUUGCUGCCCUGUUUGCUGUCUUGAGCCGAGAGACCAUUGAUGGAGGAAAGGUUGGAUUGUCAGUCACAUAUGCACUAUCAGUGACACAAACACUCCACUGGCUGAUAAGGAUGUCCUCAGAAGUGGAGACUAACAUUGUGGCUGUGGAAAGAAUCAAAGAAUACACUGAAACUCCACAGGAGGCACCGUGGGAUUUACAAAACACCAAGCCACAAGUGGACUGGCCUCAGGAGGGGGUGGUUGAAUUCAAGAACUAUUGUACCAGGUACCGAGAAGGACUGGACCUGGUCAUUAAAAACAUAAAUUGCAAGAUUUCUCAAGGAGAAAAGAUUGGCAUUGUUGGAAGGACAGGUGCAGGAAAAUCCUCAUUAACACUGGGUCUGUUUCGUAUUAUUGAGGCUGCUGAAGGCAACAUCACCAUAGAUGGCAUCAAUAUUUCCGAAAUUGGCUUACAUGACCUACGCAGCCGUCUUACAAUAAUUCCUCAGGACCCUGUGUUGUUCAGUGGAACACUACGCAUGAACCUGGACCCUUUCAACCAUUAUAGUGAUGAGAAGGUCUGGUCUGCUCUGGAGCAUGCACACCUGAAGGGAUUUGUGUCCACACUCUCAGCUGGUCUCCAGCAUGCAAUCUCAGAAGGGGGAGACAAUCUCAGUGUGGGCCAGAGACAACUUGUAUGUCUGGCCAGGGCUUUACUGCGCAAGACCCGGGUGCUGGUCCUGGACGAGGCUACAGCUGCUGUUGAUAUGGAAACUGAUGACCUCAUCCAGCAGACCAUUCGCAAGAAGUUUGUGGGCUGCACAGUUUUGACCAUUGCACAUCGUCUCAACACCAUCAUGGACUAUUCCAAAGUCUUGGUCCUCGACAAGGGAGAGAUAAAAGAAUUUGACUCACCAGCUAGUCUUCUUAAGAAUAGUGAUUCUAUAUUCCAUGGAAUGGCUAAGGAUGCAGGACUCGUCUGAUAUUACCUAUGUCUAUAAUUUUUUUUUAGGGAUUUGUUUUAGAAUUAUCAGGUUUGUAUGUAACAUUUGUAGGUUAUGUGUUCAAUUAUAACUGUUACUAAUAUGUGAGAAAAUGUUUGUGAACACAUGUAAACACUUAAUCUCAGCUCUCCUUUUAAAGGUAAUAUUAGCUUGGUAUUACAGUAUAUGAUGAGAAAUUAUGUUGCAACAUAACAUUGCUCCAGGUCAUGAAAUUUGUGUGUUUGUGUGUGUGCAUGCACACUUGUGAGUGAGUGAAGAUUGGCCUAGAUGCUAAGAUGUUAAAGAAUGUCUGUGGAUGUGAUUGAGUGUGAAUGUGUGCCUGUGGGCACCUUUCCUUUGUAGUGAAUGUCAGCUUAGUACAUGUAGAUUUUGUUUUAAUUGCAGCAGAAAUGAAAACAUGAUCUUUGUAAAUUUUGUAGGGAGAUAGUAAAUUUUGCAGGGAGAUCUCAGUAUUAUGAUUAUUUGAAUGUAGACAAAAUGGAAGUUUAUAAAGAAUUACAUUCAACAGAUGUUGUUCUACAGAUACUGAACUGGGCUUUCAUUAAUGUUAUGGGAGAAGCUCCUUCAUAUAGAAAAUACAGUGGAACGUUGGUUUUUAAACUUAAUUCAUUCCUGAAUGCUGUUCGAAAUCCAAAAUGUUCAAAAAGCAAAACUGUUUUCCCCAUAUGAAUCAAUGUAAAAUAGAUUAAUCCAUUCUCAGACACCCAUCCACCAUAUCUUAGCAGGUAAUGACCAACACUUCCACUGCUAAGAUGGCCGCUCCACAUCUCCAGCUUAGAAAUUUUUUAUCCAGAAAGGAUGUAUUGAACAAACUUAGUGACAGAACUUAUCAGAAGAUAUUGUUUAGACCAUGUAGAUAUUCUCUUUGGCACCGAUCAAGUGAGGGAAGCCUUACAGAGUGACAUAGAGAGGAGCAAUCCACUCAAACUGCCAAAAUGAAGGUGAUAACAACACUUAGACAUUUUGCUGCUGGGAAAAGCUACUGGGAAAAUGCAGUUAUGCAGUAGUGAUGGCAUUGUGGGUGAUAGAGAGAGCCACAGGAAGCUCAGGAUUACUCCUGAGUGCCAAACCUUGUUUGUUUACAUUGAGGUUCUUCAACUUCUUCAGUAGGAUCACAUUUAACUUAUUUCAAAGAUUGAAUUACUGUCUUACUCUCUGUGUCUCUCUUCCAAAUAUAUAAAAACAAAGGAAGUAUUUAUGGAAACUAUAAAUUAGUAAUAAAUGGCAGCUUUUGCUACAUCUUGUAGUAUUUGAAGUCAAGUAACUUUCUUUAAAAACCGAAUUAUGGUACGAAGCAAUUGAGUUCAAAUUUUUGUUAAAAAACCAAGUUGUUCAGAAAGAGAGAUGUUCGGUAACCGAGGUUCCAUUGUGCUUUGAUAGACCUAGGCCAUGAAUACUUGAGUGUCACAAAUAUAUCAAUUGUUUAUUCAAAAAGUGUGUGUGUGUGUGUGUGUGUGUGUGUGUGUGUGUGUGUGUGUGUGUGUGUGUGUGUGUGUGUGUGUGUGUGUGUGUGUGUGUGUGUGUACAUAUACACAGACAGCCUAGUCCUAGAACUUGGUGAUCAUUUUUUAUCUAAUUGGCAAUGUGCUCAUUUAUGAUGAGUCUCCUGUCAUGGAUAUUAUCCCCCAAUGAUGGCCUCACAUGACCACUUUGAAUACUACUGUAAUUAGAACCAUCCUUGCCUUUAUAGCAUAAUGGAAACACAGAAAUUUAUCUGAAGGGAGGAUCAAAUUUUUAACAGGACUCUUGUAGAAAAUUAGUCCAGUUUAUUACCUGUUAAUCCAAAUUUAUCACCAAGAACCCAUGAUUCUUACUCAGCCUUUACUACCCUAUUAGAAAAAAAAUGAAAAGAAUUUUUGUUUUUACAUUCUCAGUGAUGGAAGAAAAACUAGAAAGAAUUUUUGUUAAUGCUUUCAUUGAAAAUACAAACAUUCAUCUUACUUUUCAUGAAAUUAAAACAUGAUUUUCUUUUCAAACUAAAGCUCUACAUUAUUUAAAAAAAAUUAAUUAAUUAAGUGUGCCAACAUGCCACAUAUGAGGGGUAAGUUGGCACAUCACAUAUAAAUAGUAAAUUAUAUGUAUAUGAUUGUAAAUUUUGAUACAGAAUAUGUGUAAAGCUAAAUUUCAUGAAGAUUCAGUUCAAACAAUGGAAAAAAAUGUUUUUGUUACUGAGGAAAGUAAGUUAAUUCUCUGAGCAGAGCAAGGGGGUUCUAAUUUUGUUACUGCACAUCUCUACAAUCCACUGCUCUGCCUGGCCCCUGGAGGGUAUAAUGAUAAUUUGGCCAGGAGCACCUUUUGGUGUCAUUGCAUAUAAAAAUUGUGAUUUCAGUCUCAGAAACACCUAGUAGGUAACUUUUGACAGUGCAUCUUUCUUAUUUUAUGACAUUUCUUCAUCAGACACACCAUUUUGCUGUAUUUUACAUAUUUUGAUUUAUCGAGCACACAAAAUGCAAGAAUUAUAUGCCAUAACUCACUCCAUGUAUGGGAUAACCAGUUUAGGUUAUCCUAAAAUAUAUUAUUAUAUCAACUAGGUAAAACUCAUGAACACAAUAGUGUGAUCAGAAUGCAGAUAAAGCACCAUAUAUUGAAAAUACAGUCAUUUAAAAUAUGUCACCCACCAUAACCAUCAUGGUGGCACGACACUUGGUGUGGCAUGUGCAGGCAGGCUCCGUAUGACCAGGUCUGCAAUGCUUCUAAAAAUUAGAGCCCCCAGCAGCUAGAGGGAAGGUCCUUUAAGUUGUUCCACAGCUUAAAGCACCUAUUACCUAGUUUUUAUGUUCAAACCAUCUCUGAAAAUACAAGAUAAAAAUUUGUUCAGGAAGCUAAUUAAUAUAUGUAUCAACAUAUAUAUAUCACAAAAAUAAUGUAAAUCAAAUAUAAUAUGAAAAUAUAUAGGUCAUAAAUAAG